CCUUUACUGGGCGCUUCUUCAACCCAACGACUUUUACAUACCCUACUCACUUCUCUGCCUGAAACCAUCCGUCCAGAACCAACAGACCAGUAAUGCGGCUGCCAGCAAAACUGUGGUCGCUGACGGCCACCGAGGUCCUGACCUUGACAGAAAGGGACCUGGUCAGUGUCGAGGACUAUGCGAAGGCACUAUUGAGCCAUGCCGGGUCGAGAGACGGCGUGGUAGAAGCAUGGCAGUACUUGGAUCCUGACCUUGUUCUGAGUCAGGCUCGCGCUCUAGACCGUGUUCCGCGCGACCAGAGGGGUCGGCUUCACGGAGUAGCUAUCGCCGUCAAGGACAUAAUGGACACCAAAGACAUGCCAACCGAAUACGGCUCUGCUCUCUACUGGGGCAAUCGGCCAAGUGCCGACGCGUCACUUGUUGAGAUACUCCGGAGGGCCGGAGCCCUGAUAGUCGGCAAGACCACCACGACGGAGUUCACAGUGCUCAACUCCGGCCCUAGCACCACCAACCCGCACGACCCAAACCGCACGCCAGGCGGGUCCUCUGCCGGGUCCGCGGCCGCCGUGGCAGACUUCCACGUCCCUCUCAGCUUGGGAACGCAAACGGGCGGCAGCGUCAUCCGUCCGGCUUCUUACACAGGCACCUACGCCAUGAAGCCAACAUAUAACACGGUGUUCGGCGGUGGCAUCAAGGUCGCCUCCCUCGAGUUCGACACCAUUGGAUACUUUGCCCGCAGCAUCGACGACCUCAAGCUCGUCACCGAGGUCAUCAGUGUCACUGCAGAGGAACCCGUCGAGGAGGCAGCAUUGAACCAGGUCAAAAUAGGUUUUGUCAAGUCACCGUUUUGGCCGUCUGCGGGGCCCGGCACCGUCGCAGCCAUGGCCAAGGCUGCCGAGAUUCUCCGCCGCCACGGUGUCGCCGUCAUCGAGGACGUCGAGUUCCCCGACGCGUUCAGCGACGCCACGACCCUGGCCAGGAUGUUUGGCGUAGUCUUUGCCGCCGACGCGGCGGUGGCGUUCUACAGGGACUAUCUCAUGGACACCGACAAGACUAAGCUGGACCCGCGCAUCCGCGCUUUCGUCGACGACGCCCCGAAAAACUCCCGCUCCGACGUGCGGCAGGCGUUCGACUACUACGCAGCCCUGCGCCCCGUGCUCGACGAGAUUGCAGGGAGAUAUUCGGCUCUUAUGACUCCGAGCGCGAUUGACGAGGCGCCCUUGGGGCUGGGCGACAUGGGCAGCCCUGCUUUCAACUCGGUGUGGACGGCCGCGCACAUGCCGGUAAUCCACGUGCCCGCUUUCGUGGGACCCAACGGUAUGCCCGUCGGCCUGUCUCUCGUAGCCCGCCGGUAUGAUGACCAGCGUCUUCUAAGCAUCGCUAAGGUCCUUAGCAAGCCUCUUAUGAGUGAAGGGGGAUGGCAGAUCAGGUCUUGACUGAGCUGCCAGGAACCCCAGUCUUGAAGUAAUACCGGGACGUCUGUUCCGCCGCGCCAGGCUUCAGAGCCCUCGGCUCAUAAGAGGUCGAAGAAAAGAAAACAAGAACAAGCAAAUAAUUGGAUCCAUAGAUAAUACAGCGAAAGAAUGCAUGCAGCCCAAGCAGACCAGCCUCUUGCGCCAGAGCCAAGCCCAGGUCCCAGCCCCAAGCAGCCAAGAAGACCAAAAACAAAAACGCCAAAAAUAGCAGAGCCCCACGGGUCGGUGCUCAGCCGCCGGGUAUGCAGAAGGACUCGCUGUCGUACUUCUUGCACCGCAGGCCGGGGCAGCAGUCCGCGUCCUGGCGGCACGAGGUGAGAACCGAGUGGCAGGCCUAGGUCGACAUGUCAG